AGGCGCAUUUCGUGAUUGCGUUUGGAAUUAAAACGUCGUUUAACAAAAUGGCCUUCGCGAGUGCCCGCCAGUUUACCGGACAAACUCUUUUUAGCCGUCAAACGGAAGGAGGCGGCAGUGACUGUGAGUCUGCAUCGAGUUUCAACAGCUCCGACGACUCCAAUGACUUGGAACCAGAAUGGCUGGAUGACAUCCAGAAGAAUGGCGAGCUUUUCUACUUGGAGCUGAGUGAGGGCGAGGAAGAGGCUGCAUUGGCCCAAGCAACCAAUCAAGGAGUGUCCACUAAUCACGUUCGCUUUAGUGAAAAGGAGGCUGAGAUCAUCACAGAGCAGAAAAAGAAGCAGCGAUGCGGUUCAAGGGGCAAAGAUGAGCCCGCGCUAAAAAGGUUAGCCAGGAUCCUGAGGAGAAAACGCCGGCCAUCUCAGCGAAGAGGAGGAGGGAAAGAUGGGGGUAAAGACAACUCAACCUCAUCACCACCUCCAGCAUCCAUCCUGAAGAACCAGCCGGGUCAAAGGCAGGGCGUAACGGUUCAGCAGCAGCAGCUGAAAGAAGUGUGUGUCUACCUCAACCCUAAACGUCUUGGAGGUUCAUCAACACCUCUCUCUGACAGUGGAGGCCUGCUGGAAGCUCUGCUGGGGGUGGUGCAUCGCCCCUCCUGGAGCAGAGGACAUGGAGACCCUGCACUGGUCAGAAAGGAGGAAAGACUGACUGUUCAUGGAUUGAUACCCAACAGCCCGGCCAUCAAAUGUGGCCAAAUCCUAAUAGGUGAUGUGCUCGUAGCAGUGGACGAUGUGGACGUGACCUCGGAGAACAUUGAGAGGGUUCUGUCCUGCAUCCCGGGACCAACACAGGUGAGGCUGACCAUGGAGACAGUGGCUCUGGUGGAUGGCGGCAGCGUGAGCGACACUUCAUCAGUGCGUAAGACGAAGGCCUCUCCACCAGUCAGCCAGCUGGUGCGUUUGCUGUGGGGGGAAGACACAGCCGAACUUCAGAUGUCCAUAGGACACAUCCCGCACAUUGUGAUGUACCUCUCACUUAAACUGGACUCAGCAUCGCCACAGGAGGAGGAGGAGAUCUUGUACCAGUACCCGGUGUCUGAAGCAUCCAGCCAGCUGAAAGGAGUGAGGGGCAUCUUCCUCACGCUGUGUGACAUGCUGGAGAAUGUCACAGGAGGCCGGAUCAUCAGUUCAUCUCUCCUGCUCGGGAAACAUCUGGUACAUGUGGGCUACUGGAAGGAUAGCAGCAACCUGUUGGUCAUUGGUCUUCCUGCUGAGAGGGUUCCACUGCUGUACCUGCAGACGGUCGUGGGAGACGUGGUCCGGACAUUAAAAGUGAUGUACGGCUCCUUAGACAGGGCCUUCUGUAAGGCAGAAAACGCUCCCAGGCUGGACCAUUUCUUCUGCCUGUUCUUCCAGCAGCUCAUCCAGCCGUCUCGCUUGAGGGACGGCUCCUCAGCUCCCCCUCCCGACGUCUCAGGGACCCUCUUCCUCGACGGACUGCCGGCGGUCCGUUGGCUCACGCUGCCUCCAGAAAUCAAGGUGGAGGUGGACACUGUUCUCUCUGAUUUCGAGUCUUCUGAUUUUGGAGAAAUGUCUGAGGACUUUUUUGGCCUGAGGCGUCUGUAUGUAAUUCUUGGCUCCUGUUUGUUCUACAAGUCCUACCUGAUCGCCAACCAUCUGCCUAAAGAGGACCUGCUGGAUGUGUGCCUGUACUGCCAGCACUACUGCCUGCUGCCGCUGGCGUCCGAGCAGCGGGUGGGUCAGCUGGUCAUCUGGAGGGAGGUGUUCCCCCAGCAGAGAGCCAGCGGCAGCAGCGCAGCGCCAGGCUACGGCCAGCCGGAGGGACGACACUUCCUCCUCAUAGUGGGGCUGAGGCACUUCAUGCAGUGUGUGCUGUUGGAGGCAGGGGGCUGUGCUUCACCAGCUUUGGGUUCUCCAGGACCUGAUUGUGUUUACGUAGAUCAGGUGAAGGCCACCUUGCUGCAGCUGGAGGUGCUGGAGGCGGGCAUUGAGGAGCGUCUGAAUGCUCCACCUGCCCCAUGCCUGUCCUGUGCUGACUGGUUCCUCCCUGCGGCCACGGCCCGCGACCGCCUGGACAGCCUGGCCUCUUCCUCCCCCAUCUUCAGCAAGCUAGCCGGGGCAGUAAAGGGCUCCUCCACAGGCUCCAGAGGCCGCAGCCUGUUUGGGGAGAAAGCCCGGAGGUCCAGCCCACAGAGGAGCCUGUCGGACAGCGGGAGCGAGGGACAGAUGGAUGCAGGGUCAGGGUCUGGUUCGUCAAUGGCGCCAGGCCUCAGUCCACAUUCCACGCCGGACUCGGCAAGGAAGCUGGGGGGACGACGGGACUCGCUGGGGUCCGGAGGGUCUGAUGGGAGUGGAGGCAGCGGAGGCCUCUUCAAGCAGAUUCCCAGGAUGAAGCACCCAAACCCAUUCUACCUGGGCACCCUGAAGAAGACCCUGACUGAAAGGGAGACAGAGGACAUGUAUAACACCAUGAAACUGACCUCGGGAGCAGAGAACACUUUGUUUCACUAUGUCCUGAUGGAGAGGGUUCAGGGGAUCUUCAUCGCUCCUACUCACAGAGAGGUGGCUCAGCUCAGCGGCUCCAUUCACCCGCAGCUCAUCCGCAACUUCCACCACUGCUGCCUCUCCAUACGGGCCGCGUUUCAGCAGAGCCUGCCGGCCAGGGGUCGUCGGGCUGCAGACCGACCUCAGGGCGGUGGUUGGGGUCUGGGUCCAGUGAAGGAACACGGGGUUCUGUUCCAGUGUAAACCAGAGAACUGGACUGACCAGAGGAAACCUGCUCCAACCAUGACAUACUGGGUUAUAGGACGGAUGUUGCUCGAGCCCGUCCCUCAGGAAUUCUAUGUGUGUUUCCAUGACUCGGUGGCAGAGGUUCCUGUAGAGAUGGCCUUCAGACUCUCCUUUGGCCUGGCCUUGUGAUGAGUCGCUGUCUCCUAUUAGAUCAGCGUAAAUGACCGACACACAAACCACAACAUCUCUUCAACCGUUGAAGCAUCAGUUGAUUUCUCAGGAAACCAGUUCAAACUGAAAACCACCUGAGAGCAAAUGUGUGGAUUUUAUACCAUUUGUUCCCUGGGAUAACGUAAGAGCAACUACACAGUCUGAAUCUUACAGUGUGCCUCCAUUUUUCCGCAGAUAACAGCAGACCGUGGCCUUACAGCAGUGAUAAGCAAAUAGCAGGCUGACUGCUGGAUGUGGAGUUCAAACCAGGUCGUUUUUGUGCCUUGUUGCUCACCAGAAAUGUGUGUAAUUUCCUGUAAGUGUGUGUUUGUGUAGAUAGAAAGCUACUCAAGCAGUGAAUACCUCAGACACCUUAGUGUAAACGUCUGAUAAGAGCAGACAAAAACCUUCCAGUGAGAGCAGUCGCCCUGACAGUUUCCUGCCGUAAACUUUACUAAGCUGGACCAAUAAAAAUCAUGCUGCUGCUACACACAUCUCCAGUUCGACAGAUUAAGCAAAUAAGGUUGUAUUGAUAUUUUCACAAGUUGUAUGCAGUGUUGGAAAGGCAUUUCAUUUGUUACUUAAUUUAAGAUGUACAGUUUUGUAUGGAA